ACUCGAAGAAACAUGUCCCUUACGCAAAUAAUCAAGAGUUCAAAUGCCUCCAUCACAUGCUGCUCUUCAUUAUAUAUACGAUCCAAUGCCAUACCCUAUCAUCAUCAUCAUCAUCCAAAUCAGUCGUUGCUAUUUCCAAAGUCUCAGCAUACCCCUUUUCACUCUUUCUCCUUCAUGGGUUUAGUAUUUGGAAAAAUCAGCGUGGAGACCCCAAAAUACGAAGUGAUCAAAUCCACAAGGGAGUACGAAAUCCGCAAAUAUGCACCCUGUGUAGUGGCAGAAGUCACAUAUGACCCAUCACAGUUCAAGGAAAACAAAGAUGGUGGCUUUAUGGUUUUGGCCAAUUACAUUGGUGCUUUGGGGAAACCCCAGAACACAAAGCCUGAAAAGAUUGCCAUGACUGCACCAGUUAUAACCAUGGACAGUGGUGGGGGUGGUGAGAAGAUUGCUAUGACAGCGCCAGUUGUGACAAAAGAUGGCGGUGUUGAAGAUGGGAAGAAGAACAAGAUGGUGACUAUGCAGUUUAUUUUGCCAGCUCUGUAUGGGAAAGCUGAGGAGGCACCUAAACCUACUGAUGAGAGGGUUGUGAUAAGAGAAGAGGGUGACAGGAAAUAUGGGGUGGUGAAGUUUGGAGGUGUGGCAUCAGAAGAAGUGGUGAAGGAGAAGGUGGAGAAGCUGAAGGUGAGUUUGGAGACUGAUGGGUUUAAGGUGGUUGGGGAUCACUUGUUGGCCAGGUACAACCCACCUUGGACAAUUCCUAUGUUUAGGACUAAUGAGGUUAUGAUCCCAGUUGAAUGAAUUUGGAGGGCUACAUACAUAGAUUUCAGUUUUUUUUUCCAUCCAUUUGUUAUGCUGUUAAGUUUUACUGGUGAUGUGAAGUUUAGAAUAUGUUGUAGUCUUACCUUGUUUCAAUUAAAUACACAGAAUAAAUGUUUUAUA